AUGUCUCGCGCUAUCCUCCUGUCGCUCCUCCUCGCCCCCGCCGCGGGCUUCGGCUUCGGCGGCGCGAAGAAGGCCGGCUCCAAGCCGGCCGGCUCUUUCGACGCGUCCCAGGCGCUCGGCGCGCAGGCGCCCGCGGGCUACUGGGACCCCAUCGGCAUCGCCGACGGCAUCUCCGAGGAGCAGUUCAACCGGUACCGCGAGGUCGAGCAGAAGCACGGCCGCAUCGCGAUGAUCGCCGUCGUCGGCUACUGCGUGCCCGGCUACAUCGGCACGUUCGGCGACGUCAAGCUCGGCGGCGACGUCAAGUUCUCCGACGUGCCCAACGGCGUCCAGGCCCUCUUCAAGAUCCCCCCGCUCGGCCUCCUCCAGAUCCUCCUCCUCAUCGGCAUCCUCGAGACGCAGUUCCCGAACGUCCAGGGCGACUACGGCACGGGCUACUUCGGCCAGUCCCUCGAGGAGCCCGUCAAGAGCAAGAAGCUCGCCAUCGAGCUCUCCAACGGCCGCCUCGCCAUGCUCGCCAUCAUGGGCCUCCUCGCCCAGGACGUCGUCUCCCAGGGCGCGCCCUUCGACGGCCCCCAGUUCGAGACCGGCACGUUCACCUCGCUCUAG